AACACAAAAUGAAUGGUUUCGAUAUUAUCGAAGCCGGAUUCAGUAAUAUUGACGAAACGUUUAAUUUUGGAGGAAGAGCUGUGGCAGACAGUAACAAUUUGUAUGAAAUAUGUACUUUAGGCCUAAUAAGACCAUCUCAAACUGAAGCGCAAAUCAAUAAUGUUCAUAUUAUAUCGUUUUCUCGGAAUGGCACGAUUUUCUUUGCUAUUAACCACAUAUUGCGAGUAAUGUCAGAUAGAGAACUGACUCAAGAAAUCGCUAGCUUUUCGUUUUCAUCUUUGAUUGAUUGUUGUUGUGUCUCAACUUCUGGAAGGUUUUUGCUUAUCUGUACCCAUGAUGGGAGCAUUGUUAUAAAGGAUUUGUCUGCCUUAGCAGAUAAAGAUAACAAAGAAGCAGUAGAGCUAAGUGCAAAUUUUCACCAAGAAUUAAAUGAGAGACCCGAGGAAGCACCAUUUUAUAUUGGAUGUUUUGAAAACAAAUUAGAUUUUUAUACAGUUAAUUCAAAUGGCACGAUAAAAAGAAUUUAUUUAGAAGAUAAAUUUAAAUCAGAAGUAGUAUUUAAUUUACAGGGCUAUGUUAAUAAUUGUGCGCUUUUGUAUCCUUAUUUAUGUGCUGAAGGUAAUGAUCUAAUGUUGGUAGACCUAGAAAAUAAAAUUUUACAAGUUGAUGAUCCGUUGGAUAUUAAGAAAAUGUGUACCCUUACAAAUGAUUUUUUGGUACUGGAUAAAGCAGGCCAGGUUUAUGUAUUAAGCAGUUUAACGCUUUUCGCUUUUCCGGGAGACAAACUGAUUAAAGACCGCUUCGAAGAUUUAAUCGUUGUUAAAGAUAUCCAAAAUAAUGCGAAAAUUCAAGUGGUUGGAUUCACACAAAGAGGCACUGACCAGAACUCCGAAGUUAAACUUUUUAACUACCCAAAUUUUGAUGUAAUUUAUUCAAUUAAAUUAAGUACCACAAUACAUUUAAUGCAAAUUGAGAGCCUAACCGAGGAGGUUAUAUUCUUUUCAGAAGUACAUAACAAUUCGUCAGUGUCGGAACUUCGUUUGCAAUACGUUUGCGAAGUCGAUCCAAUUUUGAGAAUUGAACGAUUGAUUAGAAAACAGUGUUUUGAUGAGGCUGAGGCAUUCGCUAAAACUUUUAAUCUUGAUCUGGAAAUCAUUACAAGAGCCAAAAUUGAGCGCAUUAUAAGUAACUAUGUCUUGACCACGAAAGACGUAGAUGAGCUUCUAGCCCUCUUUGAUUGUGUGGAUAAUCAUUUGUUUAAGUUGGAAUGUUGUGAACAUAUCGACUGCGAGACUGGCGAAGAUACGAGGCGAAUGUUACAUUAUACCAGUUCCAUGAAUUUUGAGCAUCGCAAUUGUUCUAAAGAAGAAAGUUCAGAGAUUUUAAAGAUGAAGCAACAAUUUGCCCAAAAAUUAUUCAGAUACGACACUUUCAUGGCAGUUUAUGGGACCUUUGACUCUAACAAAUGGAUUAAGUUUUCAGUAUGCGACCUCAUUGAGGAAGUAAAAAAAUUUUUAAGGAGUGAGGCGUCUGUUGAGCAAUCAAUGCUGAUUUACAGUCGUCUGGAUUUAAGGGCAAUUCAAACACUAUCUGAUCAUAAAAUCAAAGAAAUUCUGUUAAUAUCAAACAACCUUCCGAUCAACUGCACAUUAUUUCGUAAUAAUUUCGUACCGACUACUUUGAAAUACCGACCGGAUGCAUUGUCGAUUUUCAUUCAAUGGCUCUAUGACCGGAUAUACUAUUUGGAAAAUCAGCAUCGUUUCGAUUUCCCUGGUGUCGGUAUACAGUUUGUCAAAGAUGUAACAUCCCUUCUAAAUCUUGACACACUGAUACAGCAAUCUAACAUGGAAGAACUUAUCAAUAAAAUAACAAAUCUUUUCGCAGCUCUAAAUGACAUUCAAAUGCUCUAUAACAAUUUUGGUAUUAAAAUUUCCCUUUCCGAAUAUCUGACAGAACCUGCCCACACCAUUAGGCACCUGAUCUUAACUGGAGAAAUGGAGAGUGAAAAAUUAGAGCGACUGAUAAGAGAAUUCGUUUGUCCAUUUAUAUUGAAAAAUGGACUCAACAGAGACGAAAUUUUGUUGCAAGAAACGUUGAAUUUACUGAAAUAUGAGGAAGAAUUUUGGACAAACUUGAUAGAAGUGUUGUUAAUGUUUAUUGAAAGCGUCGACAAAAAGUUGGAGGCCAUCAAGGGUGUAUUGGAGAUAGCGAACCUGCCUUGGUCCAAUACUGUUAAGAAUCUCGCCCGUUUGACUUUUGGUUUUUCUACAGACAAUCAAUUAGCCGAAGACAUUAAAGACUUAUUGGUGAAUGAGAGGAGGCUAAUUAUUUUGCACAAGUAUUCUUUACAAGGAAAGCCAGUCAUAGAAGAUAUCAAGUUUUGUUUUAAGAGAAUAUUGUACCUUGAUAGAGAAUCUGCAAUCGAAGAUAUUUACCAGCUUUGUAAAGACGACGAACAACGAUACAUAGCCGACGAAAUAAUUCUGCAAAAGUUGAUCGAAACAGAACGAUACUUGGAGGCUCUGAAUGUAUUAAAUCGAGGUAUUCAGCCCAACAAAUUAAUUGACUCCCUAUUCCGCUUGACAUACACGUUCGUAUCUCAUCUUGUUUCACAUAAAUUAGUGGAUAGGUAUUUCAAAAUGAUGGAUUUGAUCUGGAAAAGGAAUAAAUUUGAUAAGGAUCGCGCAGUGGAUAGAUAUACCCGCUUUAUUUUUGAAAAUACGCGAUCAAUAUACAAGUUACGUGCCGAAUUCGGUAUUUCGGCCACCAGCGCCCAAUUGUGUUCAAAAACAGAGAAACGGAAGUUGUUCGACGUUGUAGUUAAACAGAUGGCACUUUCCAUAACAGACGAUUACACUGACAUAGAACCAAUUUUACGCUUCUCGAAAAAGGUAGCUUCCAGCAUGUCAGUAAGUUCGGACGAUGUGAUCGUCAAAUUUCUGUCUAUAUGCGACAAUUUUCAACUUAUCCUAAACAUCGGCGAACACCUGCUCGAAAUCAGCACCAGCUCACAACACCUUGCCGUUUUUUCGAUAUUCGUCUUCAAGUAUACGAAAAUAUUGGCGGAAAACGACCUCGACGAAACAAUAUUCGAUUUUUCCGAAACGUGUUCACAAAAAGAUGAAGAUUACAUACUAGGGAUACGGCUGGCGAAAAAACUGGCAGUAAAAGCAUUGAUAUACGCUACCACCGACGACUUCCAUGCAGUCAUGGAGGUUGUGAAUUGGGCGGAUACUUGUUGCUUCUUUGAGGUAUCUCAAGGUGUGUCAUAUACCCAUAGCGCAUCCCUUAGCGUAGUCAAAAGGGUAUUCGAAAAUUAUGUCGCCUACAUAGAAACAUUUAAACACCCGAACACAAGGUAUCUCACGCACUUUUCCAACGGGCGUUCUAUUAAUCAGGAUCAACUUCGGAGCAACAUAAAGGAACUGUCGUCAGAUAUAAACGUAUUGAUCAGAGAUAACGAACAUUUUACGGCAUACAGUUUAAUUAAAACGCUACAUCAAGGGUUGAGUGACAACUCACAGACGAAUAGAGAGGUUUCCGUUGCGAUAAACGAUUUAAUUAGGAGAACAUGGUUACCGCAAACUCUAGAAGCGACACUUUCAUCGAAAUGCCUUGAUAAAUCACUCUUUUUUAAUCUUAUGCUCCUUUUUGACAAUGAGUUCGAAACACACCUGGAAACUUACCUAAAAGCGUAUAAGAGACAACCCAGCAAACUGGCAUGUAUCGCCCAAGUCGGCCUCGAUUUGCUGAAACUACACAAGAUAACUACUGGUCAAGUGGAUUUGCGGAAUAUCAUAAAUACGUGCAAAUGGUGGAGCAAGUGCAAAAGCUACAAAUUGGAUUAUGACAAGUUUUUCAAAUGUAAUACCGGGUCUCGCUUUGUGAUGCUCGUUUCCGCCAAACUCAUUGAUUUAGAUAAUGUGACUGAGUACUGUAACGAUUUCAGACAAGAUCCGCAGGUCUGCUAUUUGAAAUACUUAAGAACGCUAUUGCUCGACUGGAAGCCGGAUGUAGAAUUAAAAUCUGACAUUGAAGGAAAAAAAAUCGCGAUUGUCAAAAAUGAUGAGAAAGAGCUGUUCAACACAUGCUGGUCGAUAGUCGAUCGUAUACAUAAUAAAUUCGAAGUGGUCGAUCUUGUCCAAAAAGUAUGGAACUCUGUCAAUUUCUAUUACUACGAAGUCUACUUGACGCUGAUUUAUUUACAAACCAAUUUGGAAACCCAAAGUACCGUUAGUACAGUGUCUAUAAAUAAAUCUUUGCUGAUGUUUUUAAAAAAAUACACGAGGACAAGUCCCCCGACAAGGUCUGAAAUUGAGCAAUGGUAUGGGGCGUUUCCGAAGGCUGCCUUCAUCGAUUCGCUGUCUGAAUUUAGACUUCCGCUGACCGCGACAUUUCUCUCGGACGGCAUUUGGAACAUCAUAAAACCGGAAGUCAACUUGAAAACUUACAAGGAAUGGUUCGAAUUGACCGAUGUCCUGGGAGAGUUUCUGAACUGCCAAGACAUUUGUACCUAUGCCAUUAACAGCCUUUUGUCAACCGCUCUGUUCAACACAUCGCAAUCGUGCGAAUGGGAUUUGUACGCGAAACACGAAAAUUUAGUCUCGGAAGUGGACGAUUGCGCAGCUAACAUCGAGGACUUGCAACGAGCCACCGCCGCGGUUUACACGUUCAUGUGCGGAAUGCCGCAAGGCGCGGAUAAAGUCAAUUUUGCUAAAUUAGGUUACAAAUACGCAAAAAUGUACAAGGAGCGACACGCUGGCGAAGACGUAGAGCAAGUGUAUCAGAAGGUUAAACAACGAUAUUAUAAUUAUUCAGCAAUGCAUGUGUUAUAUAAAUAUCAAUUACCUGAAAAGAAAUAUCAGGAAUUAGUCGCGCAGCCUAAGAAACUAAUUUCUGCGCUGUACGAAGAUCCUAGGAUUUUGUUAAAAGCAGUUAACGUAAUGGUUUAUUGUCCGGACAUAAAUAGUGCCGUAAGCGACUUGACGGAACUGUUUGGACUAAAUUUGGAAAAAGUGAAGUAUGAUCUGCUCGAAGGUCUAUUGCAGAGCGCCUCUGUCUUGGAUGAUAACUAUGUACAAAAGUAUCAGAGUGGGAAUUUUAAAGAAUUCGAUAAUCUUAAGAGAGCCUGCUAUAUGUGUUCCGAUGCGAUUUUGCCGUUUUGGCAACAAACUUUAUUAAAUAUUGGCAUUCCUACUAACAGCGCCCCAGAAAUUCAAUGCGAUAUGAUAUUUAAGGGAAACGCAUUGAAGUGUUUUUAUUAUAUAAGCGAUGCGGAUGCCGUCGAAACAAUGACUAAUAUGUCUCAGGCUGAUUUUUUUCGUUUGAUGGAGAAAGUAUCGGUAAUCGGCGAUAUUAAUACGUUGGGAAUAAAUGUAUCGAGUGUCGUGCAGCUUGACGAUUGUAUCAAGAAGACUUUUGUGGUGUUGAACAAACAUAACGAUCCCUUGGCAAUAAAGUGCAUGGGGAGUUUGUGCAAAAUUUAUAACAUACAGGACAUGAAGUAUUGGAACUUUAUACUCAAUGCGGCGAUGAACUUUCACAUGGCAAAGGAACUAGUAGAUUACCUAAACUACUUAAAAGGUGGACUUAUUACACCAGUGAUUGAAAAUGCAUGGAGGUUUAUUGUAAAUAAUGCGUUUUCCUUGCUAUCCAUCGCGCUCCAGGACACGGAUACAUCAAAUGAUAGAAUUACUAAUAAGUUUAUAAAAGCGGUGCACCUUGUGCAGGCUUGUCCCAUACUUCCAUCCUUAGAUUUCGAUACAUAUAUUCAAAAUUUCAUCGCUCGUGGUAGGUUCGAUUUUGCUGCUGCCCUGCUACAAUAUGCACCAGACAAAAAAGAUUGCUACUUGAAGCAACUAUUAUCUAGUGGAACCUUAUUGCAGGAUCUCAAAGCGCUCAAAACGCUUGGCGUAAUGGGUGUUGAAAAAAUAAUUCUCACUUUGUUAAGUUGCUAACUUUAUUGUUUGAUACAAAUAUAUAUAUUUUUCGUUGCGCUUUUUCCUUUAUGGUUCAUAUUGUUCCCUUAAAUAAAUGAAAUUAACCGAAUCAUGAUGUUACCAAAAAACUUGCUGUAUAAUAAUAAUUUUUACAUCAUUUGGAAUGGUUAGACGGGUUUUGAAACGUUAUGUACUUUAAAAGCAAUAUUGAGCUUGGUGUUUGGCUAUUUGAGGUAUCCUGCAAUCCAAACCGAUAAGCACCUGGGUACUGUGACCUGUAAUUUUCUUGAAGUAAUUGCUGCUUCAUAACUUUAAUUAGUUGUUCAGCCUGUUCCACGAGAUUCUCAAUUUGUUGGUAAGGAUAGCCAUUCGAGCCUUGAUAUUGAGUAUAGUAGGUUGAAUCGGGAAUAUAGUUGUAAUAUGGCGCUGCACUAGCAACGGCAAAAAAUCCCAUAAAAAAUACAGUCUUCAUGUUAACUAAAGUAGUAUUGGGUUUUAACUAUA